AUGCCUCCGACCCUGGCCACAGCCUUCGCCAGGCGCUGGUGGAUGGCAGUGACGGCCAUUGUUGAGAAUCUGCUCUUCUCUGCUGUGCUGUUGGGAUGGGGAUCUCUCCUCAUCAUGCUCAAAUCUGAGGGCUUCUACUCUUACCUAUGCAACGACGAAGGCAACAGCUCCAGCUAUAAUCUGUCCCUGCCUGAGCCCACGCCAACACCCGAUGAAUACUCAGACUAUUACGAUGACGUUGUGGUGGGGCUGGGGGACGGGGUCGAGAUGAGACCCCUGGUGCCACCAGAUGGGCCCAUGAGGAUGAACGGCUGGUUGAUCUGUAAGGAGCAGGAUGAGAUGUUGAACCUGGCCUUCACUGUGGGCUCCUUCCUACUCUCAGCCAUUACACUGCCUCUGGGCAUCGUGAUGGAUAAAUAUGGGCCUCGCAAGCUACGUCUGCUGGGCAGCACCUGCUUCGGGCUGUCUUGUCUUCUCAUUGCUUAUGGAGCUUAUCAACCUAACGAACUCUCUGUCCUUAUCUUCAUCGCCCUGACUUUCAACGGCUUCGGGGGCAUGUGUAUGACCUUCACCUCUCUUACACUGCCCAGCAUGUUCGGGGACCUGCGUUCCACCUUCAUCGCCCUGAUGAUUGGCUCCUACGCCUCCUCUGCUGUUACCUUCCCAGGGGUCAAGGUGAUCUAUGACUUUGGAGUACCUUUUAUCACCAUCCUGGUGGUGUGGGCUGCCUGUGCUGGCCUGGUCUUCCUCAACUGCUUCUUCAACUGGCCCUUGGAGCCGUUCCCUGGACCAGAGGACAUGGACUACACUGUGAAGAUCAAGUUCAGCUGGCUGGGCUUUGACCACAAAAUCACAGGGAAGCAGUUCUACCAACAAGUGACCACAGUGGGCCGUCGGCUGAGUGUAGGCAGCAGUCUGAAGCAGAAGGAGCUGGCCACUAAAGACGGACACAAGCUGUGCCUCUCCACCAUGGACCUGGAAAUGGACAGCAAACCACAGCAGGAGUCCCAAUCAUUCCUGAAAAGCAUCAUCAGUCCCCUCUUCAUGCUCAGCCUGGUGACCAUGUCUGUGACUCAGCUUCGUCUUCUGUUCUACAUGGGAGCCAUGAACAGUGUCCUGGAGUCUCUCAGCGAUGGAGACCUCAACACAGUCAGUUUGUACUCAUCUAUCUUCGGCGUCCUGCAGCUGCUCUGCCUGAUGACCACUCCUGUGAUUGGUCAGAUUAUGGACUGGAAGCUGAAGGAGUGUGAUGAUGGAACAGAGGAAAAGGAACCCUGCCAAAAGGGAGACCCAAAGAAAAAACGUAGAGACAAAAAGACCCAGAAAAUCACCAAUGCCUUAAGAGCUUUCGUUCUCACAAACCUCCUACUGGUAGGAUUUGGAAUCACCUGUCUCAUCCCUAAUCUCCCUCUGCAGAUUGUGUCAUUUGUUCUCCACACUGUGGUGAGAGGAUUCAUUCAUUCUGCAGUUGGUGGCCUCUAUGCAGCUGUGUAUCCCUCGUCCCAGUUUGGGAGUCUGACAGGAAUGCAGUCCCUGGUCAGUGCUGUGUUCGCUCUGCUGCAGCAGCCUCUGUUUCUGGCCAUGAUGGGACCACUGAAAGGAGAUCCGUUCUGGGUCAACAUCGGACUUUUGGUGCUCAGUAUGCUGGGCUUCCUGCUGCCCCUCUUCCUGCUCUUCUACAGGCGGAACCUCCACAAGGAGCAACAGAAGAAGGAGGACAACGCAAAGAUCUACAUCAAAGUCAACGGCUGUGAUCUCCCCGAGGCCUUCGUCUAGGGAAGAGUCAAUAAAGAAACAGACGAGGGUUGUUUUUUUCCCUGAGAGACAUUGGUGAUCCAAUGAUGGAAUUCUAGUCAUCACAUUUAUCAACCUCCAAAAUCUCACCAGGCCUAUGGCUGAUACAAAAGUUGCUGAGGAGAAAAGUGAUCGUGAAGAGGAAGAAGAAAAGAGAAAGAGGACAAGACUGUGAAAGGAAAGAGACAUCUGUGCUCUGUGUUCCCCCCACGUCCUCUGAAUUCUCUUUAUGUUCCUCCCUCACUGAGAACCACAUCGAUGCAGCUCUGCCUCGUGUCAAGUCUGAUUUGUAAUUCGGAACUGAGGUAGAAAGGAGAAAUGAAAAGUGCGUUAUGUUGUCGUGAAUCCAGCGGGACCAGAAAAGACACCUGCUGCGUUUUUACCAUUUUAUUAUGACACUGCUUGAGGUUUUCUAUUCUUUAACAUUGUUAAAUUGAAAUCAUGCUGUCCCUAAAUCCUAAGAUGUGGUGCUACCCACUGUAGAUUUAGACUGAUCAGCAUCAGGUGAGUGAACCGUCGAAGAGUGACAGGAGGCUGAUGGGAAGCUGAUGAGCUGAAUUUUUAUAAAAGAAGCUCAGAAGAAGUGUUUUUAAUAUAGUUUUUUAAGAUUAAAUAUGAUGCCACAAAUGAGGCUAACAUCACAGAGAAGGCACAGAGUAUACUGUUGGAUGGAUGUCAGUGUUUAUUGUAGCAGUAUUCUGGAACACUAACAUCAGAAUGUGAUUUUUCUUUUUUGAUGAAAGCUAUGUUUAGAUCUAUUUAUUUUUAUCUUCUGAAUAUAGUUCUACUGGGCCUUUUGGAAUACAUUUGGUAAGUAAAUGUCUAAUCUACAGUCAACGUGAGGAAAUAAUUAACAACCUCAAUUAGUUCAUAUAAAUAUGAAUCAGACAUCACUCUUCUUAAGAACAAUCUUUUCAAACAAGUUUUUUUUUGUUUCUACUUGACGAAAAGUACGGCACUUUAACUCCUCAACACAGCUCAUGUCAGCACUUCUUUCCCGGUGCCACUCUUUGAAAACUAAUAUCCAUAUUUUAACUCCAAGCUCCUCCUUCUUGCAUCCCUGUAUUGUAUUUACUUUUUUCCCCCCACAUUUUCACAAAUGACUCGCAUUGAAACGCAUUCUGCAUGUCACAUCCUGUGUUUGCGUCUUCUAAUUUCACAUCCAGCUCACAGCGAUCUCUUUGUUAAACAGGUGUUCACUAGUUUUAUGGUGGUUAGUUGAAUAAAGAUCUGCUGAUCUCUUUGAAGGUU